UAUUAUUCGUAUUAUUCCAAGGCAGUCGAGAAUUGUGCUAAGUAUUAAAAAAAAAUAAUAUCGAGAGAUUGAUGGAUGGCAGAAAGUUUACAUUCAUGUUCGGAAUCUUUCCACUAUCUGUUUCAAACUGUUCUGGACUUCGAAAAUAGUGUCAUCAUUCGACGAUAGCGGACUGAUGUGUCGAUGAAGGAUUUGCAAUCAUCAUCUCAGUAAUUUAGUCUGCAGCAGCAGUAUCUGGAAUGGCAGGCAGCAGCAAAGCGCUAGCAGUGUUGGUUCCAUGAAUACUAUGCAUCCACGGCACCGUGUCGUUUGGAUGUGUUUGAGUACAUGUCGAUGGAGCUGUGGAAGAAAAGUCAUGAUCUGAAACUGUGAAAGGUUCUUCCACAUCACCAAGUUGUUCGGUAGAGGCGGACGCAAAUUCAGGAAGAAAUUCGAGUAAAAAUUUAUGAAGAAAGUAACGUGCAAUUUUUUAAGAACAUUGUAACCCAGUGACUCGUCUUGCGUGAAAAGUGUUGAAAAAUUUGUGCAUAAGUGUUAUACGUUUGUGAGCUCGAGUUCGACGCACCUAGUUGCCGUCUCGAUGUACGCCAUGGAUGAUAAAAAUUCAUCCGGUAGCGGUGGUGGAGGCAGUGGCACCGGAAGCCUCGGUGAAACCAAAGUCAUUUAUCACAUCGAUGACGAAACGACGCCCUACCUGGUGAAGAUCCCGCUGCCAUCGAGUCAGGUCACCCUGAAAGACUUCAAAUUGGUGCUCAAUAAGCAGAACAUCAACUACAAGUACUUCUUCAAAUCGAUGGACGCCGACUUCGGUGUUGUGAAGGAAGAAAUAGCUGACGACUCCACAAUUUUGCCAUGUUUUAACGGGAAGGUAGUGUCCUGGCUGGUGACGGCCGAUGGCUCUAACCAGUCUGACUGCUCCGAGCUGCAACCUACGGAAAUGAUUGACGGCCGGCCUACCCUGGCCCAGCUGCGAACCAUGAACAAACCAAUGAACAACAUGAUGAGUAUCCCGAUGAAUCCACUGACGUACCAAUCGGCCUCGGUCGUAUCCAGCGAUCUGGACUCGACCAGUCUCUUCGAAACGGAGAGCGAAAUUACGCUAGAUAGAGAUAUGACUGAAUGCAGCAGCGUGCAGCGGCUACAGGUGCGGAAAAAGCCGCAGCGGCGUAAAAAGCGGGCACCCUCGAUGUCGCGGACCUCCUCCUACAGUUCCAUCACCGAUUCCACCAUGUCGCUGAACAUCAUCACGGUGCAGAUCAACAUGGACACGGUGAACUUCCUCGGCAUAUCGAUCGUGGGCCAAUCGAAUCGGGGCGGCGACGGCGGUAUCUACGUCGGUAGCAUAAUGAAGGGCGGUGCGGUCGCACUGGACGGCCGCAUUGAACCCGGUGAUAUGAUAUUACAGGUAAAUGACGUUAACUUCGAAAACAUGACCAACGACGAGGCGGUUCGUGUUCUCCGGGAGGUUGUCCAGAAGCCCGGCCCAAUCAAACUAGUUGUUGCCAAAUGUUGGGAUCCGAACCCGAAAGGGUACUUCACGAUCCCACGAACCGAACCGGUCAGGCCGAUCGACCCGGGAGCGUGGGUUGCCCACACGGCUGCCCUCCGCUCCCAGGACACCAUCAACACCGAACUGCCCGAGUCCGUGCUGGAGCGGCUUCACGUGGACAUGGACAUGAAGGACAUCGUACGUGCAAUGACCAAACCCGACAGCGGACUGGAAAUCCGCGAUCGGAUGUGGCUGAAAAUUACCAUCCCGAACGCAUUCAUCGGUGCCGAUGUGGUCAAUUGGAUUCUGGAGAACGUGGACGGCAUCGGUGAUCGACGGGACGCCCGCAAGUACGUUUCCCUCAUGCUGAGGCGAGGCUACAUCAAGCACACCGUCAACAAGCUAACCUUCUCCGAGCAGUGCUACUACGUGGUCGGAAACGGCAUACGGCAAGACAUCUCCAACAUGUCGCUGGACGAUACGGAGAGUAUGCUCAGCGACAUCGCCCCGCUACCGAAUCCACCGAUCUACAUGACCUACUCGGGCAACUACAACCCAUCGCACGGCUACCAGCCGAUCCAGUACGGAUGUACUGGCGAACGGCAUCCCUCGUCCGGUUCGAGCAGUUCGGACAUCCUAACGAGUAAGGACACGUCGGCGUCGCAAAGCGACAUCGCGGCCGUCAUACAGCAGACGAACCAGAUGACGAUCGCAAACGCGUCCAACAAAUCAUCCGGAUCAUCGAACCGCGGUAAUGAGCAAGAUAUGUCAGAGUUUAAGAUCGGAAGUGGUGGCACCGGCAUCGGUGGAGGAGUAGGAGGAGGACUAGUCGUCGUCGGCGGUGGUGGUGGUGGCAUCCGUUGCGGCAGUGGUGGCGGUAAACUGUUGCACCAGCUGACCGGUGGCAGUGCCAACGAUGACGAAGGCUACGAGGAGAGCUUGUACUUCCAACCGACGAGGACCCUCCGGAAGGACCAGCAGCAGCAGCAGCAGAUCUAUUACAACAGUGGCAGCAAGUAGGGCUGAGGGCGAGCUGUUGAUUAUUGGUUUGGUAAGUUCGGUAGUUUUAGAAGGUGGGUACUGGAGGGCUGUAGGGGUGCUUUCGUUUGGCGCUCUCUGCGGAAGGCUAAGUCGUGAAAUUGCGUCGGAAAAUUCUUCGGAAUUUUCACGGAAGAAUGUGAGGUUUCAAUAAGAAAUUCUUUGGAACAAUCGCGGAAUUUUUUUCUGAAUUUCAGUUGAAAGUUCUUUAGAAUUUUAACAGGAAAAACUUAAGAAAUUCCACGAAAAAUUUCAAAUUACUCGGAAACUCCUUGGGAAAUUCUUUGGAUUUUUCACGAAAUUUCCAUGGGGGAUCAUUCGAAAAAAAUUGGAAUUUGUUUGCCUCAGGAAAUUAUUCGGAAUUGUCUCGGGAGAUUCUUCAGAAUUUUCAAGGGAAUUCUUCGGGAUGCUUUCGUCGUCUAAUUUUUGAGGAAAAAAACUUCAAAUGCCUUCAAUCAGAACAAAUUUUUAUUAUAUCUAGAGAUGGAUUUUUUUAUUUUUCUAUAAAAUUGAAACAUUGAGCUCAGGUGUGCAUGUUUCUUGAAAUUGGACACGGAAACCAUUGUCUGGUAACGAUGAUUCCAUUUUUUAAAUAAUGUUUUGUUGAGCUUUGUGUUGAAAAUUAUUCAAAUGAAAUUCUGUGAAACUUUGAAAAAAAAAAAUGAACUGAGUUCCUACCAAAUCGCAUAUGCAUUUCGAAGGGAUAAAUUCUGCUUUAUUCUUUUAACCUUCCGGAACUCGCAUGGUUCUGGAUCGCUGACUCAGGCCCGAAGGUGAGUCCUGGAAGGAAAUUCAGAUUUUUUUUUUCAAAUCGAUUCAUCUCCAUGGUACGAUAUGUCGCUGAAAUCUAUUCUGAAUUCAAAUAUUGCUUCAGUUACUCUUAAUCUAUAAUUAUCGAUAGAAAUACUCCGAUGCAAGGAACCACUUAAAGCCCGCCCAAAAGUAGGUCGCCAAACGAAACAACACAAUGCUCUGCAAAUUGAUAGAUGCACAGAAUAAGUUGAGUACCCACUCCUUUAUAACGGUUUAGGUUUUAAUCAGUAGACGAAAAGAAACAAACAUAAAAUGGAGCAGAAAGUUUUCUCAAAUUGAAAAACAAAGAACAUCGUGCGGCAAACAGGGGAAAAAGUUUUCUUUGUGCCAAAAUUUGUCUCUGCGUUUGUAUUCUCCUUCACAGUUUUUUUGGUCAGAGCCUACAAAAAACUGUUUUAUUGUUAUUGGGCGAAAUUGCACUUUGUAAUUUACAGCUCCGUCAAGCCAUUUAGUGUUAUGCAUUUUCAAUUAUUCCAAAACCACACAUUGCUCCACCUGCUGCUGAUCUGAUGUAACUUGGUAGAUCGAAUCCAACGAAAUUGGAGCCACCUCGGCUCGAACAACUAUAAUACAACAGAGAGAAAAGAAAUUUAUCGGAAUAAAAAUAAAACUAUAAAAAGAGUCUAUUUUAGUUCGCAGAAAAUAUUUUUAUUUGAAUACUGAUAAUGAGCAUAUUUUAUUUUAUGUUAAAAGUUUUAUCUCCACCUUCUGCGCUGAACUGAACAAAUCAAAUAAUAAACCUAUAUAUUCAAUGUGUAUUAGAGAGUCAAGCUUCGGAGAAUCCUAUACGAGAUCUUUAUAUAUGUUUCAACGGAACCAUUGUAAAUGUGUUUUUUUUAAUUUUCAUUUUAAUUAGCUAUUUAUGCAGCAACUAGGCGAAGCGGUAGACUAUGAAACAAACAAACAAUAAUUGAAAAGUAUUAAAAAGUGAAUCGGGCGGCUAGAAGGAGCUGAUGAUCUCCUCACAAAACUUUUGUUUUGGAAUACUUUUGUUCCAUGCACCUGGAGGGAAAAGCAAUCGUUUUCCACUGGUGAGCUAUUUGAAGGACUAAUAAUCUUACGGAAUAUGACGUAAUCAAAAUACAGGAAAAUUUACACAGUUUAAUUCGUUUUCAAGUUCGUUUUCGUUAACGUUUCGUUUUUUAUCGAACUAGCAUUAGUAGAGCGUGCAAAGCGUGAGAAAGGAAACAGUGGAAAUUAUGAAGCCAUCAUCAGGUUGGCUUACAAAAACGAAUUUAUACGAAUGCGGAUAGAAACACACAAACAGGCACUGCAGCAAAAUUGUUGGGAAAAUGGAAAAAAAUAAAUAAGAGUAUAAAAGUGAACAGGAAAUGGAACAAACGAAAUUGCAAACUAAACAAUGUGUAUUUGCUAUACAAACAAAAAAUGAUUAAAAGGAUUAUUAGUAAACGGUGUGAAAUCGAAAGCUGGAAGUAAUUUAAAUAAAGAGAACCGUGAAAUUAAAUAUGACGAAAA